AUUGUUGUGUGGCGCUACAAUCAGUUUAUUUUGGUUUUUUGCUUUCGUCCAAUUUUUUAGAAUUAGAAUUAUUUUUCUCCUAAAAUAAAAAAAUGCCGGACGAUAAAUAUUCUAUUCUUCUUCCAACAUACAACGAGAAGGACAAUCUCCCCAUAAUCAUCUGGUUAAUUGUGAAGCAUAUGAGCAUAAAUAAAUACGAUUACGAAAUCAUUGUGAUUGACGAUGGAAGUCCGGAUGGCACUUUGGAGGUGGCCAAGGAUCUGCAGAAGAUCUACGGGGAGAAGAGAAUUGUUCUGCGGCCGCGUGAGAAGAAGCUGGGAUUGGGAACGGCAUACAUUCACGGAAUCAAACACGCAACCGGGAAUUUUAUCUUGAUUCUGGAUGCAGAUUUGAGUCAUCACCCAAAAUUCAUUCCACAAUUCAUUGAGUUGCAGCAACGAGAGAAUCUGGACAUUGUCUCUGGGACACGCUACCGUCCAAAUGGAGGUGUCUACGGGUGGGAUUUCAAGCGGAAGCUCAUCUCUCGUGGUGCAAAUUAUCUGUCGCAAGUUCUCCUGCGCCCAGGUGCCUCUGAUCUCACGGGAUCAUUUCGGCUGUACAGGAAGGAGGUGCUGACCAAAUUAAUCUCCCAGUGCGUAUCGAAGGGUUAUGUGUUUCAGAUGGAAAUGCUCAUCAGGGCGCGACAGAACAACUUUACAAUUGGCGAAGUUCCCAUCACCUUUGUGGAUCGUGUCUAUGGACAAUCCAAGCUGGGUGGAACGGAGAUCUUUCAAUUUGCAAAGAAUCUCCUCUAUCUCUUUGCUACAACAUAAAAUUUUCUCUUAAUCUAUAAAGAAACUUUCCAAUAAAUCCUACAAGGAAACUUAAAAAAAAGAAA